UUUGAAAUUAUGUUUUCAACUUCAUUUUUUGGUACGAUAACGAUCUAUUCUUUUCUGUAAUGAAGUUAUGUUGGUGCCAUUGUCUCGAUAAGAGAACCAUCGCAUCUAACUGUACACUGUUUCCAAAGGAAGAAAUGCAGUAGUAAUGAACUUAUUUAUUAAGAAAACUACGCAUAACAUAUAGUAUUUUCAUCUACUUUCUACAAAGAUAUAGCCGUCGCGGCCAAUGAGCCCACCCACGAUUUCGCAACUUGGUUUCAAAACAUCACGCCGAAUAAGUUAGAGCCUACACAGUUUUUUUGAAACGGAGCACAAUCUUACGGCUCGGUCAGAUAAUGGCACGUCGACUAAGUCAUAGUGUUGAUCAACGCGACAUAUAAAAUCAAUUAGGAGUUUCAUUCAUUUUGUGCCGCCUAGCUGACGCCAUUAAUGACGCAAAAAAUCUCAAACUUAACUCAGUAAUGAGCGCUUACUCAAAAGUAGCAGUUGCUACGAGCGUUCUGAUUGAUGCACAGUCAGGAAUGUCUUAGACUUUUGUCUCUGCAGACGAAUCUCAUAAUCACUUUGCAGAAGUUGAUGCGAAUUUGUGUUAUAGUGAUAUAACUAUUUCUCCUGUUCAAUGCGCCUAAAAAAUAACGAAAGAAGUGGCAAGGCACCACAUCGUACGCAUAGAAGCUACACACAAAGGCCUCUAUUCAAGGUCACUUCGUUGCUUUUUUGGUGUCUCAUUCUUAAUAUCACUGUAAUGAGCUUACAUUAAUAUUUUUACAUUAUUACAUUAUUAAUAAGUUACAUUUAAGAAAACGCAUCACUUCCACUUUUAUUAUAGCCGAGGUUUCUGCCUGAUUUCGUUACACGGCAGUGUUUGUUCGCACAAUGGCAUAGCCAUCGCCGAGAAACUGUGAGAGCUAGCGCAAUGGCAUGGAUCUUUUACGGUGUUCAUGACACGCGCCUGCGAAAAAUUGGAAUUACUGGGGAACUUUCGGGAGCGAUGACGGCGAACGGGGAAGCCAGAUUGUUGCUAGGGAACUCUGGCGUCAGGGAGUCUUCGGUGCUCGUCUUGGGUACCUCCCGUCCCUAAGGGGCGUCAGCAGUGUUUUCAUUGUUCUUCCAUGCGGGCCGCAGCGCGUCUGCCCGGCCGAGCCUUUCUGCCUACUCUGGCCUUGUCGUGAAUCGCUGCAUUUUUGCAAUACAAAUGUGACGUGAUCGUGGCUAUGUGAUCGGGAAAAUAUCCUACGACGGCAAGCCCGCUGCGACGAGGCACAGUGAUAAACUCAACGAACACCAGCCCUGCGUCAUUUCCAUUUCCUGGUAAACGCCUGCUUGUGAUAACAGCACUGCUUGAAAGACUCGGCCGGUGCAUCGAGCUUUUCAGCUUUCGGUUUCGUGUUCAACGUGUACGUUGUGCACUACUCAGUGUCGCACAGGAAGUAUUUGAGAGGUGCGCGCGUGUUUCGCUUAUUACGUCUUCCUGACUCACGUGGCAUUCUUCUAGAACUGACCUGUCGGUGUUCGAGGGAAUACGGAAAGGUGUCGGAAACAAUGGCCACAAAUCCUCUCGGGGAUUCGCUCCUCCACUUCGCCAUUGACUUGUACAAGCAGCUGACUCGUGAGAGCGGCUCAAGUGGGAACAUAUUCUACUCCCCAUUCAGCAUCUCCGCUGCUCUUUCGAUGGCCCUGGCGGGAGCACGGAACACCACCGCCAAGCAGCUCGCCGAUGUCCUACACGUCAACAGCGAGGAGGUCCACAAACACUUCUCCAGCUUCAUCUCUGAGCUUACAGGCUUCGCCCCAGACGUGAAGCUGCACGUGGCCAACCGGAUGUACUCGGAGCAGACGUUUCCGGUCCUGGACAGCUACCUCGCCCUACUUCGGGACUCCUACAGCGCCACGAUUGAAUCGGUCGACUUCAAAACAAACUUCGAAACCGUUAGGCAGCAGGUUAACGCCUGGGUCGAGCAAGCCACGGAAUCGAAGAUCAAAGACCUUCUUCCAUCCGGAUGCUUGGACUCCUUGACCACUUUGAUCGUAGUUAAUGCCAUCUAUUUCAAGGGCCUUUGGAACUCGCAGUUUGAUCCCAACUCUACGUACCGUUCCAGUUUCCACUUAGACAAGAAGAACAAGAAGGAGGUGGACAUGAUGUAUCAGGAAAACGAUUACAAAAUGAGUCGCAGUGACGAACUCGGGGUGACUGCUUUGGAGAUACCGUACCGCGGCGGAAAGACUUCCAUGGUCGUGCUGCUACCUGACACAGUGGAAGGCCUGUCCAAUCUCGAGGAGUCUUUAAGCGCCGAGAAAAUUUCAGAGCUUUUAAAGGGCUUAUGGGAGCAUUCAGACGUCAAGCUAUACCUUCCUAAGUUCAAGUUGGAGCAGACCGUAAAUUUGAAGCAAACGCUGAGUGCAAUGGGCAUCGAAGAUUUCUUCGCUCCUGUUGCGGACCUCUCGGGUAUCAGUGCGAAGGGAAAUCUCUCUGCGUCCGAAGUGGUGCACAAGGCUUUCGUGGAAGUCAACGAAGAAGGCACGGAGGCAGCAGCUGCAACCGCUGUUCGUGUGAUGUUAUGCUGUUUGCAGUUAGAGGAAACAAAAUUUGUUGUCGACCACCCCUUCAUGUUCCUAAUUCGCAGCCAUGAUCCAGAACUUGUGCUUUUCAUGGGAUCCGUUCGUCAACUGUGAGGGGCUCGUAGAAAAUGGUGCGGUAAUGAUACGUGGAACGGCUUAAUAAUUAUAUAAGCACCACUGGAAGGACACCUUAUAUGACGCUUCAAAGGUCGGUCGGUGUUGUGAAUUAUGUACCCUACUGCUGAUUUUACGGCCAGAGCUACUACAAUGAUACGCCAUACUUUUGAAUGUGUUUUUAUUCUAUUCCUUGAUGUCUCGGAGCGGCGCAUUACUGUCUUUAUUUUCCGAUGCCUGCUUUUAUUCGUGUAGUGCGAUGAUGUUGCUGCUUGUGUUCGUCAUUCAUCGUACACGUUCGAAAAGAACACGGAUAUAAAGUAGUAAUAAAUAUGCUGUGCCAAUUGAUAUUUCUUGAGGUAUUAUUUUUGGCGCCAUUUGCUAUCAUUCAGGUGCGUUUGAAAGCGUCGGCCUCUCGAUUGUUUCACAGACGACAGUUGUCAGUGGAUAAUAGAAUUGAAGUGAGCCCAGCUUUUCUCCUGUAAAACUUCAAUGACGUUCACAAUCCAAAAUAAAUAUGCAAAACAAUUGUGUGUUCGUUUUAUGUAAUGUCAG